CGGGACAAGUCAUCCUUAGGGAAAGAAAAAUAUCGCUUCCUAGCUAGAUGCUAAGUUAGCGUUAGCACUGUGUUUAGCUGUUUUCUAACCGUUGCCAUGAAUUAAGACCAAAGUGUUGAACUCCGAUCCGUUUGACGUCUCGUAGCUGGUUGGAGAGAGAGGUGUCAGCCAUGUACGCCUCUGGCAAAUACAGCUCGAGGGGCCCUGCUCUCAUCCCGCGGAUGAAAACCAAGCACCGCAUUUACUACAUCACCCUCUUCUCCGUGGUGCUGCUCGGACUCAUCGCCACCGGGAUGUUUCAGUUCUGGCCCCAUUCCAUUGAGUCUGCAGCUGACUGGACCCUUGAAAAACGCAGCGUUCAUGACGCACCUCUGGUCCGCCUGCCUGUCUCCAGCCCCAUUCCUGAGAGGGGAGACCUCAGCUGUCGCAUGCACACCUGUUUUGACGUGUACAGAUGCGGCUACAAUCCUAAAAACAGAAUCAAGGUGUACAUCUACCCUCUGCAGAAGUUUGUAGAUGAAUUGGGGGUUCCAAUCAGCAGCACUGGCCUGUCUCGAGAGUACAAUGACCUUCUCAGUGCCAUCUCUGACAGUGACUUUUACACAGACGACGUCACCAGGGCAUGUUUAUUUAUUCCAUCUAUUGAUGUGCUGAACCAGAACUCACUGCGAAUCAGAGAGACUGCCCAGGCUCUGGCAAUGCUACCCAGAUGGGACAAAGGGAUGAAUCACCUACUUUUCAACAUGUUACCUGGAGGCCCUCCAGAUUACAACACUGCCUUGGAUGUGCCCAGAGACAGAGCGCUGCUGGCUGGAGGUGGUUUUUCUACAUGGACCUACAGACAAGGCUAUGAUGUCAGCAUCCCAGUUUACAGCCCCCUCUCUGCCGAUGUUGAGCUCCCUGAAAGACAACCAGGGCCACGGCGCUACUUUAUUCUGUCUUCUCAAACUGCCAUCCACCGAGAGUACCGUGGUGAACUGGAGCGCUUGAAGGAAGAAAAUGGAGAAGCGCUGCUCCUCCUGGAUAAAUGUAGCAACCUUUCCCAGGGUGCUGCCUCUGCACGAAAACGCUGCUACAAGGGGCAGGUGUUUGACUACCCACAGAUCCUGCAGGAGUCUUCCUUCUGUGUGGUCCUGCGGGGGGCCCGUUUGGGUCAGGCUGCCCUCAGUGAUGUGUUGCAGGCUGGCUGUGUUCCUGUCAUCCUCGCUGACUCCUACAUUCUGCCUUUCUCUGAAGUACUUGACUGGAAAAGGGCGUCUGUGGUGAUUCCAGAGGAGAAGCUGUCAGAGAUGUACACCAUCCUAAAGAGUAUUCCUCACAGACAAGUUGAAGAGAUGCAAAGACAGGCACGCUGGUUCUGGGAGGCCUACUUCAGCUCCAUGAAGGCAAUUGGCUUGACAACGCUCCAGAUCAUCAAUGACCGCAUCUACCCGUAUGCUGCACGAACCUACGAGCAAUGGAACAAUCCACCUGUGGUGAAGUGGUCCAGUGUGAACAGCCCUCUGUUCUUGCCACUUAUCCCUCCACGAGCACCUGGGUUCACAGCAGUGGUGCUGACCUACGAUCGCGUUGAAAGUCUUUUCCGCGUCAUCACAGAAAUCUCCAAAGUGCCGAGCUUGGCCAAGCUGCUGGUGGUGUGGAAUAACCAGAACAAGAGUCCUCCUGAGGAGUCUCUUUGGCCGAAGAUCGGUGUUCCUCUCAAAGUCGUGAGAACCAAAGAGAACAAGUUGAGUAACCGUUUCUUCCCCUACGACGAGAUCGAGACAGAAGCGGUGCUCGCUAUCGAUGAUGACAUCAUCAUGCUGACAUCUGAUGAACUGCAGUUUGGCUACGAGGUAUGGAGAGAGUUUCCAGACAGGCUGGUGGGUUACCCAGGCCGGCUGCACCUCUGGGACCAUGAAAUGGGGAAGUGGAAGUAUGAGUCGGAGUGGACCAACGAGGUGUCCAUGGUUCUAACUGGAGCCGCCUUCUACCACAAGUACUUCAACUAUUUGUACACAUACAAGAUGCCUGGAGACAUCAAGAACUGGGUGGACGCUCACAUGAACUGUGAAGAUAUCGCCAUGAACUUCCUGGUGGCUAACAUCACGGGCAAGGCCCCCAUAAAGGUGACCCCCAGGAAGAAGUUCAAGUGCCCUGAGUGCACCGCCAUUGAUGGACUGUCCCUGGAUCAGACGCACAUGGUGGAGAGAUCUGAGUGCAUCAACAAGUUUGCAUCAGUUUUUGGCACGAUGCCUCUGAAGGUGGUGGAGCACCGUGCAGACCCGGUGCUCUAUAAAGACGACUUCCCAGAGAAGCUGAAGAGCUUCCCCAACAUCGGCAGCCUCUGACCAGCCUGCGACAGAUGUUUGGACCUCGCCACAGCCUCAACUCUUCAACAUUUGUCACCAACUUCGUCUUUUAUAUGGAGACGUCAAUAUUCAGACUAAAGUGGUACGUGCUCCUGUCACUUCUCAUUUCAAGUGACUUGAUUUUUUUUAGAUUGAAUUUAAAAGGCAGAAUUGUGCGGGACAUUAAGUCAAUAUCUUGAAUGACAGAGGACACUGGAAUCUGGUGAGUGUGAUGAGAGAAACUUGUUUAUUUGGCUUAAAGUUAAAGAUAUUCCCAAACACUUAACAAUACAAAUGCAUAAACUAAUGUUACAUGAACUGCUGUUGGAGGGUCACCCUGAGUCUGAUGUUUGACAGACAGGCUGACAGAUUGGAGGCUUGUGGCCGCUUGCUGUUACCAUUUUGGAACUGGAAACUUUGGACUCCAGCUGCUCUGGUAUCAGCGCAUACAGUGUAUAAAUGUAUUUUUGCAGUAGUGCUGUAUAAUAGUGAUAAUUUAUGAUGCUACAAAUAGGAUGUUUUUUCUUCUUUUCAAAAGCAGACAGACCUGAUUUUUAAAAAAAACACUUUUCUUUAGCUGUACUGUAAUAAAAGAAAAGUAAUAAAUGUUUAAUUGACAUAAUAUAUCGUAAAGUAUUCAAACACAUAUCUAUGUAGGCUGUAUCUAACGGUUACCUUAAUGUGAAAACGCACAGCAUGGUGGCUAACCAGAUGAUGUACAGUAAAUAUUUCACACAUGUUCUGUUUCAAUCAGAUCGGACAAAGCUGGUACCAUAAAUCUAAUAUUUAGAGUGAGUAACUGCUGAUUUUAGAAGAUAGAUGCGGAGCUACUGGAACAUUUCGAAUUGUCUUUUUUUUUUUUU